AUCAGUCGCGGGCGAGCUGCGUUCGGGGUUUUAUCUAUAGCUCUUGUCCUCUCUAUCCCUUUCGCUCUCAUCGUCGCGCUCGCUCGUGCUUUUCUCUCUGCACGCACACGCGUGGCCGAAUCCCGCGUACUUACGUAUUUACGUAUCAGCAAGGCAUCCAAAGCUAUCGCUUGCGCUCAAUGGAAAGAAAAAGAAGAAGAGAUAAACGACGAGAAAACUUAUAGAUAUCCUUUAAGAACUUAUCCGGUGUGCCGAACUGGAUAAUAACGCGAUUCAUCACAAUACCGAUCCGGAUCCUUCACGUGGCGCGAAACAACGUGAUACAUCGACGAUUUCGCGCAAAUUCUUCAUUUCGCGCUGUGAUAACUCGUGACGCGCGUCGAUUACGAUCGACCUCAUUGUGCGUUCGCGAAGGCGAGUGAAAGUUUCGUCGGAAAAGUUCGCGGGUUCCCGCCAGUACCACGAUCAUCCGCUUUUGAUUGUUCACCAAUGGUUCAUAUCCUGGAAGUGGUAUCGUCGCGUCGGAACGACCUGCAAAUGAUGAACCGUCCUAUUCAAGUGAAGCCAGCGGACAGUGAAAACCGCGGAGGCUGUGCAUUCGUGAAACUCUCGUCGCACCAAGAAGCACUGGCGGCGAUAAACUCUCUACACGGUAGCCAAACUAUGCCGGGUGCGUCAUCCAGCAUAGUGGUAAAAUUCGCAGACACUGAUAAAGAGAGACAACUAAGACGCAUGCAGCAAAUGGCCGGGAACAUGAGCCUCCUUAACCCCUUCGUCUUCAAUCAGUUCGGCGCUUACAGCGCUUACGCUCAGCAACAAGCGGCGCUCAUGGCAGCCGCGACCGCACAGGGAACGUACAUCAAUCCAAUGACUGCAUUGGCCGCUGGACAAUUGCCGCAUGCAUUGAAUGGCAUGCCAAACCCUGUAGUCCCGCCAACUUCUGGUUUGCUCGUAGGUACCGGCACAGGGCAACCGGUUAACGGGGCGAUACCAUCGUUACCAUCGCCGACGAUGCCCAAUUUUAACAUGGCCGCUCAAACGCCGAACGGCCAGCCGGCAGGCUCCGAUCCAGGUGUCUACACCAACGGAAUACCGCAGACUUAUGCGGGACAUGCCCUCCAUCUGUCCAUUCCAGCGCAGGGGCUGCCCAACGGGGAGGCGGCACUUCAGCAUGCCGCCGCGUAUCCUGGAAUGCAGGCUUAUGCUGGAGUGGCCGCUUACCCCGCCGUCUACGGCCAGUUUCCUCAGGCUAUUCCUCAGCCGAUGACCGCGGUGGCGCCCACGCAGAGGGAAGGAUGCUCUAUCUCAGGACCCGAGGGCUGCAACCUGUUCAUCUACCACCUGCCCCAGGAGUUUGGUGAUGGCGAGCUCAUGCAGAUGUUCCUCCCCUUUGGCAACGUCAUCUCCUCCAAAGUCUUCAUCGACCGGGCGACCAACCAGAGUAAAUGCUUCGGUUUCGUGUCGUUCGAUAAUCCAGCGAGCGCGCAAACAGCAAUCCAGGCGAUGAACGGCUUCCAAAUAGGGAUGAAACGAUUAAAAGUCCAGUUAAAGAGGCCCAAGGACGCCAGCCGGCCAUACUAACCCACGUCCUAGCCUAGAAAAUCUGGACGGGUCGCGCCCUACGUUAUAACUUACAGAAUGUCGUACGAGAACGUGAACUCGAUGGAUGCUCGACGAUCAGGAGUGAUGAGUUUGAAUCACCGUUACAACGCUCUCCACCGUAACAACUUAGUAUACUAGCUAGUUAAUUCAUUAGAGGGUAAAAGAUUUAGAGGUCAGUAAGACAACAACGGCUUCAACGACGUUGAAGUUCGCGCGACGGCGGCGAAGAAGAGGCUGAAGCGAAAGCGAUGAAGGAUGUUCUGCGCUGAACCCAGUCCGAGAGAGAGGUGAAGACGAGAAGAGGAGGACGAGGCACGCUGAGAUAACAUUUCCUGGAUGCUCGGAUAACCGGAACGCUUCGUCGUUAGACAACAUUGGCUUUCCCCUUUCUCCCUUUCACCAGUUCCCAUUUCGAAUCUGCAUGUUUCUUUUGGGUCCUCCGCGAGUUUAGCCUCUGUCUCCUACUGCCAGGUGAGAGAUUACGUUCGAGCUCGAGGGCGCGAUUGCGAAUAAGCGUGCAGCGGAACAUUUCGAGGAUCCGAUCAUCCUCCCGGAGAGACGUGCCGGAAACACCGGAAGUCCAGGCCGAGCUUGUCGUCCCGAUAUGACGACGCACCGUAUUACACUUAAACGCACGACGUCGCGUAGAGACGAUCAAAAUCGACGACAUCAAAACCGACAAUAGCUAUCGCGAAAUAUCCCGUCGAAAAAUGCCUGUAGGACUCUCGUCGUGUUCGUUGCCAGUUCGACGAUGCGAUCGUACGCGUCGUGUGUGCGUUUGCCAAAAAGAAAAAUCAGAACCGUAUACCCGGUCCGAUCGAUCCUCAAUAAGGACUCGAUCGUACCGGAUCUAACCGCGUACGUCAGCUAAAUGGAACAGCUCAGCGAUCACCAGCACGAGAGCCUAAUAAAUCUUUUGUACCGCACGAAGCGAACGAUGUAGCCAUCGCGAUGAAGAUCCCGCGCGGCGUCAUCCUUGACGGCGGGACAGAUAAUAAUCCCCGCGUGAGACUGACGAAAGUAAAAUAAAACGCAGGCUCGUCCCGAACGCGCGGACGAGAUCGAUAUCUCUCUCCCAAAAAGACACAUGUCAAUCAUAUGCUAUACAGGGUGCUCGUCUGACGAAACGCGUUUGAACACUUUGAAAAAAAAAGAAAAAGACAAAAAAAAAUAUGAAAAAAAGCAGAGAAUCAAGCGGCGAACAUGGGCUCAGCGCCGGUCCGACAUCCCCGCCGGAUAUCGGUUCUCCUUAACAUUUAAGAUUUAUUAACAUGUAUGGCGCGCUAUAGAUUUUAUAUACUGCAGGUAGAGAGAGAAAGAGAGAGAGAGAGAGAGAGAGAGAAAGAGAGAGAUAGAGAGAGAAUGGAAGAGGAGUUCGCGCAUGCCGUGCCGCGUCAUAUCGAGGAAGAGAUGAGUCUCGCCUUCGAAAUCGCGCGCGUUCGCACGGCGUUCUCGUCCUUCCUGACUAAUAGCACUUAUUACUACUAUGGUUACGGUGAUUAUCAUUAUAAUUAUCGCUAAGUAAGUGACGCGCGAGUUUCCGGCCGAAAGUAUAAUCUAUACCGUUAUGGUUCGUGCGCGCGAACAUCGAGAGAGAAGUCGCGUGCGGGCGCGAUCGCGAUCGAUUUCGCGAUUCGGUCCGAUCUACAGGAUCGAUGAUCGACGGAUUGAUCUUGCCCGAACGGUAAGCAUCGCCCGAGAAAUGUCAGGCAGGCUGUGAUUGUCCAGACGAUGACGAUGUUGCCAACGACGGUCCUCUUUAAGUUUCGACGUUGUUCUUACAGCAUAAUAUAAUUGUAUAAUGAUGCUAAUUCUUCUGUUAUUGUGUGGAAGUAGGAGAAAAUGGGGGGUGG